AUGGCCAGGAGGGUGCAAGACUAUAGCAGUGGCCAGCAUUAUCAGUCAGGAGACUUCAUCAUCGGUGGCAUCAUGUCUCAGAUUUACAUCAUAUUCUCCAAUGUGAUAGAAUUCAGAAAAUGUCCCUCUAAGGAACUUUUUGGAGACGUUGUGUUCACAAUUCAGAUCUAUCAGCACAUCCUGGCCUUGGUAUUUGCUGUUGAGGAAAUCAAUGAAAAUCCCCAGAUCUUACCCAACAUCACCCUAGGCUUCAAUAUCUAUAACAGCCUCUUCUUUCAACGAUGGGCGUAUCAUGCCUCAAUGAAACUUCUCUCUACAAGGAACAAAUUCAUUCCAAAUUAUAAAUGUGAUAGUCGGGAUAAUCCAGUAGCAGUGAUUGGAGGAGCUAAUUGUAAAGUUUCUUUACACAUGGCCCCUGUUCUAUUAACCUAUAAGAUGCCACAGCUCAUCUAUGGCUCUUCUCCCAUGAUGAAUACCAAUAUCCAAGAUGAUUUCUUCCACCGGAUGUUACCAAACAACAUUCAUCAAUAUGAGGCAAUUCUCAAGUUACUCCUGCAUUUUGGGUGGACAUGGACGGGGUUGAUUUCUGAGAUUGAUGAUGAUGGAGACAGAUUGAUACAGGAUAUUGUUCCCAUGUUUGCCAAGAAAGGUGUCUGCUUUGACUUCAUAGGAAGAUAUCCAUCACUUAAAUUUGAGAAAGACAUUUUUGACACUGUGGAGUUGGUAUUUGAACUGAUAGGGGUUGUUAUUAGAAGUACUGUUAAUGCCAUUAUUGUAAAUGGUGAAAUUCAUACCAUGAUAUUUCUGCGAAUGUUGCUCCAGGAUUUAGAAAGUGAAGGGGUGCCAAAGAAAAUGGAAGGUAAAGUCUGUAUUAUGACAGCUCAGAUGGAUUUCACAUCACUUCCCUUCCAAAGAAAUUCAGGCAUAGACUUCAUUCACGGUUCCAUAUCAUUUGCAAUUCACUCAAAGGAGGUGCGUCCCCUUUCUCAGUGUAAUGACAAUUGCCAGCCAGGUUAUAGCAAGACAAUGAUAGAAGGGAAGCCAUUCUGCUGCUAUGAUUGCCUUCCAUGUCCAGAGGGCAAGUUCUCAAAACAUGUGGACACGGAUGAUUGUUCUCAAUGUCCAGAAGAUCAUUAUCCAAACUCUCAGCAGGAUUUAUGCCUUCCUAAAACCAUAACCUUCCUGUCUUAUGAAGAGCCUUUGGGGACCUCUUUGGCCAGUUUGGCUCUUUGCUUUGCUUUCAUCACAUCUGUGGAGUUGUAUAUCUUUAUUAAGUACCAGGACACUCCCUUAGUGAAAGCCAACAACCGGAACCUCACCUAUAGCCUCCUUGUCUCUCUCAUGCUCUCCUUCCUUUGUGCUUUGCUAUUUAUUGGUGAGCCUAAUGCGUUGACCUGUUGUCUUCGGCAAACUGCUUUUGGUGUCAUCUUCACCUUGGCUGUUUCAUGCAUCUUGGCCAAGACAACCAUUGUGGUUUUAGCUUUUAUGGCCACUAUGCCUGGGUCAAUAAUGAGGAAAUGGGCAGGGAAUAAGCUGUCAUUCUCCAUUGUUCUAUUCUGCUCUCUCAUUCAAGCCACACUUUGUACUGUGUGGUUGGCAACCUCUCCUCCAUUCCCAAAUCUUGAUAUGCACUCAAUGAGUAAAGUGAUUAUACUAGAAUGCAAUGAAGGAUCGGUCACCAUGUUCUAUUGUGUCUUGGGCUUCCUAGGCUUCCUGGCCAUUGUCAGCUUCACUUUGGCUUUCCUAGCCAGGAAGUUGCCUGAUAGUUUUAAUGAAGCCAAGUUUAUCACCUUCAGCAUGUUGGUCUUCUGCAGUGUUUGGCUUUCCUUUGUUCCAACCUACCUGAGCACAAGAGGGAAAUACAUGGUGGCUGUGGAGAUCUUCUCUAUCUUGGCCUCCAGUGCUGGGUUAUCGUUAUGUAUCUUUUUCCCCAAAUGCUACAUCAUUGUGCUGAGGCCUGAGUUAAACAACAGAGAACAGCUACAAAGACGAAAGAAGUGA